UCCAAAGGUUGUGGAUAUUGAAGAGCAAGUACACCCACAAAAAGUCCAUACUAAGCUGCCGUUGAAGAGAAUCCAAUCCACCACAGACUAUCUUCUCAGCUUGGCUCAUGGUUUCUGCAAUUAUCUUCUCUGCCCGAAUUGUAUGCUUUCUUCUUCCACGUAUUUCGGAGUAAGUAAUAACUCUUCUUCUUCAACUGUUUCCUGUGAGUUAUUCCCCAAUUCAUGCUUUCAUUUUCUGAAUUAAGAAUUUGAGAACCCAUAUACCAUUUUUUCAAGAAUUACAAGGAAUUGAAUUGGGAUUUUCUUGAAAUUAGAUAUCUUUUAAUUUUUUUAGAAAAAAUUAUGGAUACCCUACUCAAAACCCACAACAAGCUGCAGUUUCUGCACCCAAUUCAUGGGUUUGCAGAUAAAGUUAGCACCUUUACCUCUUCGAAACCCCAAACCCUAGAACCCAAGUAUUCCAAGAAAACCCACAUCAAAUUGAACAAAGAUUUCUGUUUGAAGGCUAGUUCUAGUGCCCUUUUGGAGCUUGUGCCCGAAACCAAGAAAGAAAACCUCGAAUUCGAUCUCCCUUUAUACGACCCGUCGAAAGGUAUCGUGGUUGACCUAGUUAUAGUCGGUGGGGGGCCCGCCGGACUUGCGGUGGCUCAGCAAGUUUCCGCGGCGGGGCUUUCGGUUUGCUCGAUCGACCCUUCCCCUAAAUUGAUCUGGCCUAAUAAUUACGGCGUGUGGGUUGACGAAUUCGAGGCGAUGGAUUUGUUGGAUUGCUUGGACACGACUUGGUCCGGUGCUAUGGUCUAUAUCAACGAGAAUUCGACCAAAGAUCUCGAUAGGCCUUACGGAAGGGUCAAUAGGAAACAAUUGAAAUCGAAAAUGAUGCAGAAAUGCAUUUCCAACGGUGUCAAAUUCCACCAAGCCAAGGUCGUGAAAGUAAUUCACGAGGAGUAUAAAUCUUUGGUGAUGUGUAAUGAUGGUGUUACCCUGCAAGCAUCGGUGGUUCUCGAUGCUACGGGGUUUUCGAGGUGUCUAGUGGAGUACGAUAAGCCAUACAAUCCAGGGUACCAAGUGGCGUACGGGAUUCUUGCGGAAGUCGAAGAGCACCCUUUCGAUGUAAAUAAAAUGGUUUUCAUGGAUUGGAGGGACUCCCAUUUGGAUAGCAACAAAGAGCUUCAAGAGAGGAAUAAAAAGAUUCCGACUUUUCUUUACGCGAUGCCCUUUUCAUCGAAAAGAAUAUUCCUCGAAGAAACUUCACUCGUGGCUCGCCCCGGAUUAAACAUGAAGGAGAUUCAAGAAAGAAUGGUCGCUCGGUUGAAUCACUUGGGUAUAAAAGUGAAGAGCAUCGAAGAGGACGAGUACUGCGUGAUUCCGAUGGGGGGCCCACUUCCCGUUUUGCCUCAAAGGGUCGUCGGAAUCGGAGGUACAGCUGGCAUGGUGCACCCUUCGACGGGGUAUAUGGUUGCGCGAACUUUAGCUGCCGCACCGAUUGUGGCUAGGGCUAUUGUUGAGUAUCUCGGUUCCGAUAGGGGCGUUUUGGGUAAUGAAUUGUCGGCUAGGGUUUGGAAGGAUUUGUGGCCUAUAGAGAGGAGAAGGCAGAGGGAGUUCUUCUGCUUCGGAAUGGAUAUUCUUCUGAAGCUCGAUUUAGAUUCCACGAGGAGCUUUUUCGAUGCUUUUUUCAAUCUCGAGCCUCGUUACUGGCAUGGAUUCUUGUCUUCUCGGUUGUUUUUGCCCGAGCUGUUGCUUUUCGGGCUGUCGCUAUUUUCGCAUGCCUCAAAUCCGAUUAGGUUAGAGAUUAUGGCAAAGGGCACACUUCCUUUGGUGAAUAUGGUGAACAAUUUAUUACAGGAUAAAGAAUGAUUUGAUGUGGCUUUUAUCAUAUAUAUAUCUUUUUUUUUUAAAGAAACAAAUGCGCCCUUGCCCUUAUAUGAAUAAAUAUUUGCCCGGAACAUUAAUUAGUCGAAAAAAUGUUUGGUUUUAUUGAUGAUUUGUGUUGGAUUAUUUUUGUUUAGUACCAGGUGGAUAAUGUUAAACUUUGUAAGUGAUUGAGGUUGUUCUUGUAUGACUAUGUUGUAUAGCUAUUUUUCGAAA